UGGGAUUGGAGAAGAAAAAUAAGAAGAACGCGAAAGUGACGGGAGGCACUGCUGGAAGAGACAGAUUAGAGGUCCUGACAAAUCACCCAUUUAAUAAGCAGGGGUGUCUGCCAUUGCGCAGCAGCCAACUAGGUGAAGGAGGAAGGAUGCUUCAGUAGGCCGUUGGGGUCUGUUUCUUCAUUCAGCACGGUCCGUUCUCCAGUGAAACCUGCUGGACAUCGCCAUCCCCCUGCCCAGAUCCCCCACUGAGGUCUGUCUCAGAUAUAUUGUCGCCCCCCCCACCCCACCCCACCCCCUCCUUAAUCUCCCAGAUUGUCGGCGACUUGCUGCAGUCGAUGCUGCAGUUUUGAGCCGCUCCUGCACCGGGACCGCUGACUCAAUGAGAAAGACAUGCUCGCAUUCGUUUUGGUCUCUGGGUCGCUCUGGAUUAUAUUAGAGCUGAGUUCCACCCUGAUGGAGAAGAUGCAGGCCCAGGAGAUGAUGAGUGGCCUGAGAAUACCAGAGAUGGAUGAGCUUGGCCAGUUCUUUCGCUCCCUGCCGACCUCCACGCUGGUGGGCAUCGGCGCUCUGACCGCUGUGCUGGCUUACUGGUUGGCCACCAGACCCCGCCCCAUCAAGCCACCCUGCAGCCUGCUGCACCAGUCUGAGGAAGUGCCGCAUGAAGAUGGAGGCCGCAGGUCCAUGAUGGGGGACAGCUCCAAGCUGCUAACUCAUUACCAUGACGAUGCCAAGACCAUGUAUGAGGUCUUCCAGAGAGGCCUCCACAUAUCUGGUGAUGGACCUUGCUUAGGCUCGCGGCUCCCUAACCAGCCUUACAAAUGGAUGUCCUACAAAGAGGUAACGGCCCGUGCUGAGCAUCUGGGUUCAGGCCUUCUGCACCAGGGAUGCCAACCCAACCCCAACCAGUUCAUAGGAGUGUUCGCCCAGAACAGGCCCGAGUGGAUCAUCUCAGAACUAGCUUGCUACACCUAUUCCAUGGUGGUGGUUCCCCUUUAUGACACACUGGGCCCAGAUGCCAUUCGGUUCAUCAUUAACACUGCUGACAUCUCCACGGUCAUCUGUGACAAAGUAGACAAAGCUCAGGUGCUUCUGGAUAACGUAGAGCGGAAGGAGACUCCGGGCCUGCGAAGAAUCAUCCUGAUGGAUGCCUUUGACUCUGCCCUUCUGGAGCACGGAAAGGGCUGCGGCGUCCACGUGCAGGCCAUGCAGGAAGUCGAGGCUCUGGGCAGAGAGCACUACAGAAACCCUAUACCACCAGUACCGGAUGACCUAUCCAUUGUGUGUUUUACCAGUGGGACCACAGGAAACCCAAAGGGAGUAAUGCUCACCCAUGGGAACGUGGUGGCCGAUUUCUCAGGUUUCCUCAAAGUGACAGAUAAAGUAAUUUUCCCCAACCAAGAUGAUUGCCUCAUUUCCUUCCUGCCACUGGCCCACAUGUUUGAGAGGCUCAUUGAGUCUGUAGUGUACUGCCAUGGAGGACGGAUUGGGUUCUAUCAGGGCGAUAUCCGUCUACUCCCAGAUGAUAUGAAAGCCCUCCGGCCGACAAUUUUCCCUGUGGUGCCUCGACUGCUCAACCGCAUGUAUGACAAGAUCUUCAGCCAGGCUAACAGCCCGUUGAAGCGUUGGCUGCUUAACUUUGCUGCCAAGAGAAAAGGUGCUGAAGUCAGCAGUGGGAUCAUUCGCAGUGACAGCAUCUGGGACAAAAUCUUCUUCAGUAAGAUACAGGCCAGCCUGGGAGGAAGGUUGAGGAUGAUUAUAACAGGAGCAGCUCCUACCUCGCCCAGCGUCCUGGGAUUCCUCAGAGCAGCUCUGGGAUGCCAGGUGUACGAGGCGUAUGGCCAGACAGAGUGCACAGCUGGCUGUACCUUCACCACACCUGGAGACUGGACUCCAGGUCACGUUGGAGCCCCACUGCCAUGUAACCUCAUCAAACUGGUGGAUGUUCCUGAGAAGAACUACUUUGCCUCUAAGGGGGAGGGAGAGGUUUGUGUGAAGGGACCAAAUGUGUUUAAGGGCUACCUCAAAGACCCGGAGAGGACAGCAGAGACGCUGGACACAGACGGCUGGCUUCACACUGGAGACAUCGGCAAAUGGUUACCUAACGGCACUCUGAAGAUCAUUGACAGGAAGAAACACAUCUUCAAGUUGGCGCAGGGCGAGUACAUCUCCCCUGAGAAGAUCGAGAAUAUCUACAUUAGGAGUCAACCUGUGGCACAGCUUUAUAUUCAUGGAGACAGCCUGCAGUCUUGUUUGGUGGGAAUUGUGGUUCCUGACCCUGAAGUCAUGCCUGAAUGGGCCAAGAAAAAAGGAAUAUUAGGCACCUUCAAGGAUCUCUGUAAAAACACUGAAUUAAAGAAGGCAGUCCUUGAAGAUUUGGUGCGUCUGGGCAAGGCCAGUGGUCUCCACUCUUUUGAGCAGGUGAAGAACAUCUACAUCCACAACGAAAUGUUCUCCAUUGAAAACGGCCUCCUGACGCCGACACUAAAGGCCAAGAGACCGGAGCUGAAGGAGUUCUUCAAAGGGAAGAUUGACCAGCUCUACAGCAGCAUCUCCAUGUGAAGGCUGGAAGACCUUAUUUUCCUUCAAGCAUCUUAACACAAGGAUCUGCUUUGACCAUUGACCUACAAUGGGACAAAGAUGACACCUUAGGCUUAACAUGCUUUGGGAAAGAAAGCCAGACCUGGCCCCUCUAUGGAAGAUUUAAAAUUCUGAAAUAAAAACAAAGAAAAGUAAUAAAAUGAAAUACAAUACACAUUGUUAUGUGUAUUUCCUUUUUAUGUAUGACUUUAUUGUGUCAUAAUUACAUUAAAGCAUAUGUAUAUAUCAAAAUUAGCUUUUAGUGUAAAACUGAAUGAAUUAAAAUAAAUCAAAAUUGAUAACAAAGUGGAGCAUUUCCGUGUUGUCCAGCAGAGACCAGCAUUGACCUGCCAGUACUAAAUGCAUUGACUGAAGACGUUGUUAAAGCCAAAAAAAGCUAAUGGCAGCAAUUACAGACAGCCUUUCACAUUAAACAGUUUCCUGUUGGCUAGCCGGCCAGAAGGACACUACUAUUGACUGUACAUUUAGUUACAUUUGUGAAUGACGGAAGGAAUGUACUGUGCUGCACAAGGCUUUACAAACAGACAGAGGGAUCUUCUUGGCUCUAUUCUUGGUCAGUAUUGACAAUUAGCUCAUGUUAGCUUACAGUAAACAUUGAGUGGAUUAAUUGAGGAGGAUAAGCUGAUGCUAAUAGAUGUCUGCAAGGUAGUGAACUAAAAUUGGUGAUAGAGGUUUGCAGUGAUUCAUUUCACAUUGACUUGGAGUCACCUGUCACUGUCACUGUUCUUCUGACAACAUGACAAAGUGAUACAUUUGAGAAAAUUACUGUACAAAGAGACCUACUAUGUGGAAGCUGCUCUCUACUGGACAACCCUGAAAUGCACCUUAUUUUAUGUGAUUCAGUUUGAUUUUAAUAUGACUUAUAAAAGUGAUGUCAUUAAAGAUAAUUAAUUUAUUAAAGACAAAAAUCUGGAUAAUUCUCCUUUUAACAUGUUUUGCAUUUAAUUAUGACACACAGAAUGCAUACAGAAAAUGGAAAUACAUAUAUUAUGUAUACAUGAUGUGUAUUGUAUUUCACACAAUUUCUUUUUCACUAUUUGAUUUGUUUUACUUUAGGCAUUUUAAAUCUUCCAUACAUCCUACCUGCUAUCCACCCAAUCAAACCAUCAAAUGCUCUGUCCCUAGCACCAGAAACUCAUCAGCACUUUUACGUUGAGCAAUCCAUUCCUACUUCCUGUCAAUCUUCUCUCCUCCGUCAGUUUAUACCUACCAGCCAAAUACAAACUAAAAUCCCACAGUUGUACGACAGCAAGUGUGAUGUCUUUGUGUAUAGUGUAGCUCAAGCAGAUGUCUAGAUCUGUGAUUAUACUGACACCUUGUGACAGAAAUGAACUUCAUCCUCAGUGGAAAACAGUAGAUUAACAUUUGAUUGAACAAGCUGCUGACAUUAGGGACCCAAUUAAUCUCCCCUGAUCUGAAGAUUAAAUUUAUGCUCAACCCAGACAUCAUGCAGUAAGACCAAAAACACAUCCUCCUGUGUGAGGUCUAAAUUAAGAUAAUAAGGUUGGGAGACUAGAAGUUCCUGCCUUACAAAUCAUUGCUGUCCACACAGUUCCAUGUGGGGCAUUUGAAUGUUUGAGGCACAACCAAAUCACUGUUCCUGUCACGUAUUCACUCAUUCAUUAAGUCAUCUCUACAUGGCUAUGAUCAGCAGUUUAGCAUGCAUGCUCCUUUAUAUGAAGGACUGGCCCGAUGUAACAAUCAUCUAGGUGCGCACUCUGCAGUUGGUUCAAUCACAACUUUCUUUACGUCCAUCAUUGCACAAAGAGUUUGUCAGGUAACAGAAAAAAAAGAAAUAAUGCAAAACCAGGGCUCAGGGCAAUGCAUGCAGUUUGCCCUGCAAUGCUGGGACCAUUAACGUUUGACUUGAAAAAGACGAGUAUUUCUUUGUGGACUUUAAUAGCAGGUUGUAUGCAGCUGCCCGCAGCCACUGCUGCUAGUGCAAGGCUUCGUAACGUAGGCAAAGCUGAUGAAUUACACUCACUGAAGGAAAAUAGAACAACCAUCAACUGUUAAACAAAAGAAACAAAUUUUUUGGAAGGUUUACACAUAGAAGUAAUGUAUAGGCUUUUUAAGUUGAUUACUGUCCCAAAGCAUAAACAAUGUGGAUGUACAUAAAUGAGGACAGCUAGAUGUAAGCAUAUUUAUUAAAUCAAUGGUUUGAAUGGAUUUUUUUCUCUCUUUUUGCGUGUAGUGAGAUGAAUUGUACUUAUUUAUUUAUCUAUUCUGCUGUAAAAUGGAAUCAGCACCAUAUCCUUGUAAUGAUUGAGUGCAGCAAUAGGGAUGGGGGAGGGUGGGGAAUAGGACACGGGCAAUGAAAUAAAAGAUAUUCUGGAAUGAUUUUAAA